GCAUCCUUCUUUACGGUUGCCUGCAGGUGUCAAUUUUGGGUACACGAUUUGCGCCCCAUCGUGUUCGGAAGUUCAAAACAGAGCGCUCGCUCGACAAUAAGAACAGCCUCAUUGUGGAGCUUGCUUUGCGACGCACUCCUUUGUCCCUUUGUACCUCUUGACUUGUUGGUAUACCUAGCUCAAGUCUUUGUCCGGCCCUUCAUAUAAGUACUUGAAUAUCACAAGUACCUCACGUUCAACAGACCAUGUUGGACUUAUUCUCCAAAGAUCGAAUCGUCAACGAGGCAGGACUUAGAGCCGCCUUAAAUCAUCUGGACGCAAUCUCAACUUCAGGUGCAACUGGAUUGCAAGCCACGAUCGAACACUUACUCUCAUCACCCCAUGCUUUUGCCUAUAUCAUUUCUGUUUGGGAUCGCUCCGAGAGAAUGAUCUCGCAGAUCUUGACAGACUUUCCUACCAAAUCGCAAGAAUAUCCUUCAUCCCUUGCAAGCAAGAUUCUGGACAAUCUGUCUAUAUGUUUCUUAGCUUUGCCAAUCGAGUCUCUGGAGACGGAAGUCUCGAGGGACAUCAGCCGCCACAGAGGCUUCAUCGAGGGCGCUUUACCCUUGCUUUGUGCCUUGAGCACCAUGAAAUUUUCCAGCGCCAAUUCCUUUGAAGAUGAGAGUGAUCUCUUCGACAUCGAACCUGAUGAAGGAUUCGUCAAAAUGAAAGUGCAUCAAAAAAUGCGCAAGCGACAUCGCCAGAAACCUCAGCAUGCGGGUAUCAACACAUCACUGUUCGCCAGGCUCAAUGUGGCUGUGCCUACCACGAGUGACGCGGCCACAGCAUUAUCCACUCACAUUCUUGCAGAGCUGAAGCAAGUGCUCUCGUUAUACCUCUCGCUUCUGCGGUGGACGGAUUUAGCGGACGACAUCAAAGCCUUACUCUUCCCAAAUGUAGAAGAGUCUGCCAAAGAUGUCGCGCCUGAACUUUCGUCCCCCGAAGACGCCGAGAGCUUAACAGAGUCGAGCGUGUACCCGAUGGUGCAGCCCAUGAAGGCUGCUCUUUACUUCGACAACGCGGAUGGGUUCGGAGAGUGGCGGAUCCUUGUAUCUACCGAAGCUUAUAACAAUCUGCGUGAAUACCGUCGAGCGGACCGGGAAAUAUUCAAGAUCAUUUUCAAGACGAUCAGACAUCUCUCGCGUGGUCACUUCUCGAGCGACAAUCAAAAGAGGCUCGAUGGAACAGAUGCAGGAAUUCCGGUCUUCGAAGCCAAGUUGACCAAGGAUCUACGGCUCGUGUACCAGAUUGAUUGCAUCCCUGACCAGGAUGGAGAGUCUGAGAGACAAGUCAUCAAAGUAUGCAUGUUCCGCACCAAGGCAGCUGACAGUGUUUUUCUACCGGCCUCAUUUCCGCUGGCGGAACCCGAGCCAGACAUCCCAGCAAGCCCGCCGGAUCUCAGUCCCGAUGACAUGGAACAUCUUCACUCUUUGCUUGUCCUAGAGAAAUACGUAACGUUCUCGCAAGCAUUUCUGCGCAGUCUUAUCGCAAACCGAGACGUACACCAUGUCUUCAUGCUCUCUCCUCAAGAACAGAAGGUGGUCGAAUGCACCAUGUCGUGCUAUGUCUUGGGCCGCAGCGGCACAGGAAAAACGACGAUGAUGCUGUUCAAGAUCCUUGGCAUUCAGCGAGCUUGGGAAUCGAGCGGCAUUGACAUGCCCAAGCCACGUCAGAUUUUUGUCACAAAAUCUAGAAUGCUGGCGACAAAAGUAGAAGAAUACUUCACGAGCCUUCUCAAGUCCCUGGCAUUGGCAAGUUCUACCCUGGAGGAACUCAAGGCACUAAGCAUUCUGGAUGAUCUUGUUGAUCAUGACGACGCUCCGGAGUCACAGAUGAAUAUACCAAUGAGAUACAGCCAACUCGAGGACAAACAUUUCCCCCUAUUCGCGACUUUCGAUCAACUGGAAAAGAUGAUCGCAGCAGAUGUAUUCGACAUGGACGAUCCUGAGAUGAGACGUAGCGCUGAGCUAUUCUUCAACACUAACGAUGCAGGCGCGCACGAUUCGGUCUCACCAAGAAUCUCAGUAGUGCUGCUUCCUUUGCUGUCAGAUCAUGCGCUCACGUGUCCUACCCAGAUUCGUGGUAUCAUCAAGGGCUCCGAACAGGCUUUGAACUGUCCGGACGGUGUUCUCGACCGUUCAAGCUACCUCCGCCUUUCUGGUCGUUCCAAUCCGAUUUCUGAGAACCAGAGGGACAGUGUCUACGAUAUAUUCGAGAUUUACAAGAAGUUCAAGAAGCAGAAAUACCAUUUCGAUGUGGCGGAUCGUACGCACGCGAUCCUCAAAGUCUUAGGAAACCAACGAUUUCCUGGUCGACAAAUUGAUUACCUGUAUGUCGACGAGGCGCAGGACAAUCUUUUGAUCGAUGCGCUGGUUUUGAGGCGAUUGUGUAGGAAUCCAGAUGGACUUUUCUGGGCUGGGGAUACCGCGCAGAUGAUCUCUGCUGGAAGUUCCUUCAGGUUCAAUGAUCUGAAAGCGUUUAUCUAUCGUGUGGAGCAGCAGAGUAUCUCGGUCAACUCCGCUAGAGCUCCUGCGCAUCAACCAACGAUGUUCCAAUUGGGCAUGAACUACAGGUCACAUGGUGGCAUCGUGAACUGCGCUCAUUCUGUCAUCGAGCUUGUCAUGAAGUUCUGGCCAAAUUCAAUUGAUCACCUCCAACCUGAAAAGGGGGAGGUCGAUAGAGUGAAGCCGAUCUUUUUCACGGGCUUGGAUGAUAACUCUCGCUGCAAACAGUUUUUAGUUGGGGAGAGUGGCUGUAUCUCUGAGCUUGGAGCCAACCAAUGCAUACUUGUACGUAACGAUGCAGCGUGCCAGAAGUUGCGAGAACAAGUAGGCGACAUCGGAAUCAUUAUGACGCUCUAUGAGAGUAAAGGCCUCGAGUUCAACGAUGUUCUCUUGUACAACUUUUUCGAAGAUUCCGUCAUCGAUGCGUCACGCUGGCGCGUGAUUCUUAAUGGGGUGGAGGGUCAAGGUUAUGCGCCCGAUUUUUACCGCGACGAGACCCGAUACGCUGGAAUAUACAGUGAAUUAAAACUCCUCUACGUGGGAAUCACCCGAGCAAGGAAGAACAUGUGGAUCUUUGACAAGUCGGAUAAGUCUGAUGCUAUGCGCAUUUUCUGGACGUCUCGAAAUCUUAUCCAGAACUGUGCCCGCGGCAGCGACGUUCCUCCUCUAGCUGUCUCCUCCACUCCAGAAGAAUGGGCAUCCUCUGGGCGCUCACUAUUCUUGCACAAGCGCUACCUGCAGGCUAUCCACUGCUUUCAGCGUGCGGGCCUUCUCCGCGAAGUGAAGGUUUGCGAAGCUUAUAUACUACGGGAAGCAGCGCGUUCCAGUGUCGGAGUGGCCUUGCUCAACGUUCAACAAAAAGCUUUUAUUACAGCAGCGGAUGCCUUUGCUGACUGUGGCGCAGCUGCGACGGGGAACGAGAAACGUCAAUAUUACCGCACCUCGGCGGCUUGCUACUUUCGAGGAGGAGAGGACGUCAAAGCUGCUGAUACCUAUCUCAAGGCUCUGUUGAAUGAACUCGAGUUCCUGGAGGAAUAUGACUUGGACUAUACUCGCGUUUCCCUUCUCGAGUCUCGCUCGAGCUACGAGGUCGCAGAGCCACACUUGCCAGAGAACCGUCUCAUGGAAGCAGCUCAAGUACUCCCCAAGGACACCAGAAACAUUGAUUCAGCUGCUCCCACAGUCGACGCCCUUCUGGAAUCCCUGUGGCGCAAAUACUCAUUCAGGAUCACCAGAACUGCCGUUGCUGAUGACUCAGUACAGCAUUCUAUCGCUCUCCUCAAUCAGCUGCAGAUGAGAAAACUGGAGCCCAUGGCUCGUGACUUGAUCUUGAUGUUUCAAAGCAUCUUGGGGGAAGAUAAUGAGUCGUUGAAGAAGCUCGCGCUUGUCUUUCAGGAACGUGAUCAUCCAUCUGCCGUUCUCCAUUGCCUGGAUCACUUUUUCUCUCAAGUGACAGACAUUCGUUCUUUCAAAGUCCAUGAAAUGGCAGGCUUUCUUGAAACUUUUCAUACCUACGCGCGACUUCUUUCUCAAAUAUCGACCAUGCCUGACCCGUUAGGGCGCGACAGUGUACUCAGACUGUUUUCCAUCGUGCCACUGUCGGGCAACGAGUUUCUCAUACCGCGUGGGACAUUCCUCCACGACAGCGCAACGGAAACUCCUCAGAACAACCACCUGGUUUCUGUGCAUCAGUCCGGAUACACGGCCUCUCGUAGAAAUGCCACUCAAUUGAUCCAUCUAUCCAUUCGGACUGUCUUGAAGGACAAAGUUUUGGCAGUCGAUGAAAUGUGCUGCAACGCUCCUGUCUUUUUGCAGUGCUUACCAUACAUCGUCUCCGGGACCUGUCGAAGAACGCCAUGCCUCCAGAAACAUGUCACGAUGUCGAAUUUGGGCCGCGUGCAAUACAACGCCCAUGUCGCGAUCCAUCUACAGUAUAUGCUCAUCUUACAACUCUUGUAUUCUGCACAUCCUCAUACGAAACAAUGGAAGAGCAUGAGAGACCGGAUCGACCGCCUUUACGAGGCACUGAAUCCGCCCUUGUUCAUUCAAGGUUCCCUCGCGGACCUCGAUUUGACCCUCAUUCCGCAUGGUUCAGCUGGCCUGAGGAUGGUGAAGAACUGGACUUGCGAGUUCUUUUAUAAAUUGGACCCGUUCCAGAGCCCAUCCCUAUUUUUGACGACGUUAAUGAGAAUCACCAGUCUCAGUUUUGCUUUUGACAGGAAUGAUGCUCCCACCUACAUUGCUCAGGCAAAGCAUGUCCUCGACCACCGUUUAAGCGUCAAUCUGUCUGUUCUAUGUGACUACAUCGAGGAUAUCCUCUCCUCUUUCGUGAUAAAUCAUAGAAUGGAUCCGAACCUCCCACUUGAUGGGGUUGUUCUUCCAUCCAACUGGUUGAUCUUCCCCCACAAGUUUUCUGCGAAUAAAUGUAUCUCGCCGGAGUUAGUAGGAGUGCUCUUCGAUGCGAUAGGGAAUAUUAUAGAGAUGUUGCGCGCGGAUGCUGGCAUGGAUUUUCUCUGGCUUGCACAUACAUAUGUUACACCAGUACUUCGCAGUAUUUUCAUAUUCCGGCUUUGCAGGAAUCUUUGCCUUGUCGCUCACAACACAAGGGAUCUUAUGAUCAAGCGCAAAGUAAACUCGAUCGUGCUUCAUCUGCACAGAAAUCUUACGCCUUGGCGCCCUGCGUACUACCGAAAGCUCGUGGACGACGUAGUCCAGCAUCGUGUGCUCUUGUCAGGCAAAGCAAUCCCUCCAUUAGAUGGCUACCUGCGAGCUGUUCUUGCGUUCGAUAAAUGCAAUGCCGCGAGUGAUCUAGUCCACUUAGUCCACAAGAUGACGCCCCAACCUACUCGAAUAUCUUCGGUGCGACAACUGUUGUACGACAAGCCCAGUGAAAUUCCCUAUCUUCUUUCUUCCCAUACAGUCGCUGCGCAGUCUACUCCGAGGGUGGAGGUAGCCACCUUUGUGUCUCGCAUACAGCGUCCCGAAGAUGAUGUAGAGAUUCACCAAGACCAGAAGGAGAACUUGGAACCGACACCCCAGGAGUCCGAUGGAGAGGAGGCAGAGGGGGAGGAAGAUAUCUCAGUGGAUGUUGAUACCGAGGCCACUGAUGACAUAGAAAACAUGGAGCAGGCGGUUGCAUCCCUUGACGCUGUACUAGACGAGUCCCUUCGCUCCAACAGGCUAUCGGAAGAGCAAGAGAGCAAGAUUCAGAACGUAUAUCGCCGUUACCUUCGACAUUUCUCGAGCCCUGCGUUGGAUGCAGAAACCGAGGCGAUAUUCAUGACGUGCCUGAAGGAGACGCAGUCCUCUGGAUGGAGUCCGGGUGGUUAUCGCCUCCUUUUCCUUGGUCCAUUGCCUCACGUUCUGGUGUGCCUGGAACGAGGCAUCACUCUUACUUAUGCUGCCAAAGAGAAGGCGAAACGCCUUCUCAACAAGGAGUCUCACGAAAAGCUUGAGGAGUUGGGCAAGCAAAUAAGCAAGACCACAAAGCUUCUUAAGAAGGGCAUGCAAUUGCGCAAGCAGCUAGCGCCAUCCUCAGCAGAUCAUCAUGCCCGCGACAUCGGCGCCCUUAGACGUGCGGUUCGGGAAGUCGAGGAUUUCAUGCAGAGGGUUCCUGGCAACACGGAGGAGAUGCAAACCAAGUUUCAAGUGGCCUCAAGGGGAAUAAUCCCAGAGAAGAAGCUAGUGCGAAAGGAGAAAUCCGCUCUCAAUGUCCAGGAUGUUUGA